AUGAAGUCCAUCGUUUUAGCGAGCGCUCUAGCAGCUGUCAGUCUUCUUGUGGGCUCUGCGAGCGGACGUCCUCUCAACCACAAGCGCAAGCUUGUCACCGAGGUGGUAUAUGUCACCGAGACGAUUGCCGAAGCUAUCGUCUACGUCGACGAGGCGGGCGCGGCUUAUUCAACCACAACUUCGGCGAUACUCACUAGCUCUACCUCUGUAACUGUAGCCGCAACUACAGCUGAGGCAGUACUUUCAAGUUCCGAGCCUCCGCAGACUUCAUCGCCCGUGCCAGAACCAGCUUCCUUACCUACCUCAUCAGAAGAGCCGUCGUCCACGCUCGCUUCACCUUCAGCGGAGCCUACUGCUGUCGAUGUCCAGGAUGCGACUACAACACAGGCGACCCUCUCUACUCCUUCCGAAACCCCACCUGCGGCGCCUGCUCCCACACAAGAGCCUGGGCCUACACCGCAACCAUCGUCUCCAGCUGGUAUCCUGCCUCUGGGCAUAACUUGGGAUGCCUACACUGGCUCCGCCAACUGCAAGACUGCGGAUCAACUCGCUAGUGAAUUCAGUAGGAUGAAGGAUUACAAAGUCAUCCGCAUAUAUGGCAUGGACUGCAAUCAGAUUCCGCUUGCAGUUCAGAACGCCAUCAAAAACGGUCAGAAGCUUAUGGGUGGCGCAUACCUAGAUACCAGCGGUGGCGGCGAAGACCUCAGCCAAGUCAUCCAGGCCUACAAGAGCGCCAUCGAUCAGUAUGCCGGCGGCAAUUGGGAUGUUAUCCAACUCUUCGCCGUCGAGAAUGAGCGUGUCAACGAGCACAGAAUGACAUCCUCACAAGUCGUUGACGCCAUCGGUCGCGCUCGCAGUCAGCUGCAAAGCGUCGGUUACAACGGUCCUGUGGGCGCAGUCGAGACCGCACCUGCUACGAUCGAUAAUCCUGCUAUCUGUGGGGCCUCAGAUGUGGUCAUGGUCAACAUCCACGCUUUCUUCGACAGAAACACACAGGCUCAGGAUGCCGGUGCGUUUGUCAAGAGCCAAGUUGAGCGUGUGAAAUCUGCCUGUGAUAACAAGCGCAUCGUCGUCACCGAGUCUGGUUGGCCUCGCCAGGGUAAUGCCAAUGGCGCUGCUAUCCCCUCACCUGACAACCAGCGUAUCGCUCUUGAAUCGAUCCGUGCCAAUUUCAAUGGCGACAUGUUCCUCUUCAGUGCCUUCGACUCGGGGUGGAAGGCAGACUCUGCAUCAACCUUCAACGCUGAGCGUUAUUGGGGUGUAAUCGAUUAA